AACAAUACUAAGACUGAUAGAAGUAAAGUCUUGCUCCUCUUAUAGGAGGAGGUAUUUUUUGUAUGGUUUUGAAGAGUUCGGAGAUAUAUACAAAAUGGCAGGAAUGUUACCUGGGGAUUCCUCACAUCAUUCAACCUCUGACAGCGGGCCUUCUAGAAUUUCUCAAGAAAAGCAAGAGGAAGUAGGUCGGUGGUAUUUUUCAAGAAAAGAAAUAGAAGAAAGUUCCCCAUCAAGAAGGGAUGGUGUUGAUUUGAAGAAAGAGACGUACUUACGCAAGUCAUACUGUACAUUUUUGCAGGAUUUGGGCAUGAGGCUGAAAGUGCCCCAGGUAACAAUAGCCACAGCAAUCAUAUUUUGUCAUCGGUUCUUUAUUCGACAAUCACAUGCAAAGAAUGAUAGAAGAAGUAUUGCUACCGUGUGUAUGUUCCUUGCCGGGAAGGUGGAAGAGACACCUCGUCCAUUAAAGGAUGUUAUUCUUGUUUCCUAUGAGAUAAUAAACAAAAAAGAUCCUGCUGCAUCCCAGAAGAUCAAACAGAAGGAGGUGUAUGAGCAACAAAAGGAGCUAAUUUUAAUCGGAGAGAGGGUUGUACUUGCCACAUUGGGUUUUGACCUCAAUCUUCAUCACCCGUAUAAACCUCUUGUUGAGGCUAUAAAGAAAUUCAAGGUUGCACAGAAUGCUCUUGCUCAAGUUGCGUGGAAUUUUGUUAAUGAUGGGCUGAGGACGUCGCUCUGCCUGCAAUUUAAGCCCCAUCAUAUUGCGGCAGGUGCCAUUUUCCUUGCUGCCAAGUUCCUCAAAGUGAAGCUUCCUUCGGAUGGUGAGAAGGUUUGGUGGCAAGAAUUUGAUGUCACCCCUCGCCAAUUAGAGGAGGUUAGCAAUCAAAUGCUGGAACUUUAUGAGCAAAAUAGAGUGCCCCCUUCUCAGGGUAGUGAAGUAGAAGGAAGUGCUGGCGGUGGUUCAUCUCAUAGAGGACUUGCAAAACAUCCUUCCGGAAGUGAAGAAAAACAAUCACGGUCAACAGCUGACCACUCAUCUGCAGACAACCAUGGAAUGCUAUCAAGAACCGCUCAAAAUCGAAGUAAUGAUAAUGGGAGUGUGGAGAUCUGUAGUGACAUUACGGAUCACAAAAUGGAUACGGAAAACAAGGAUAGUCAACAUCAUGAGCAGUUGCCCCACAAGGAUAACAUGAGGGAAGUUUCAAAUAAAUCUAGGUUUGGAAUGGAGCGAACUGCUGGGGAAGACCCGGAAAGAAGUGGUGGUAGAAAUGAAAUUGCAGAAACAGGUGAGUGGAGGGAUGAUGGAGCACCACGUAAGGUUAGCAAUGUGGUUGGACGGAACUUGGACAAUAGGGAAGGACCAGUUGGGCAGUCUCCCAAGGAAGCUAUUAAAAUUGACAAAGACAAGCUGAAGGCUGCACUCGAGAAAAGGAGGAAGUCUCGUGGGGAAACAACAAAGAAAAAAGAUGUAAUGGAUGAAGAUGAUCUGAUUGAGAAGGAGCUAGAGGAUGGGGUAGAAUUGGCUGUUGAAGAUGAGAAAAUCUGGCGAGAACGUCGACAAAGCUGGUCCAAGAAUGAGAAUCAAGAUCAUUGGGAAAUGAGAAAAGGGAACCACUUUGUUACAAAGGGGCAGUCAUCUAAGGGAAUCGAAACAGAGGCUGCUGAGGAAGGUGAAAUGCUGGAUGAUGCUUCUCCCAUAGUGAAUGGACGGAAGAGAAAAGGUGGAAACCCAUCAGACAGGCAGCCCGAAGGGAGGAAGCGUCACGAGUACAACCAUGACAGCAUAGAAAAAGGGCAAAUAAUGGGUCGGAGUAAUUAUGCAGAAAAAGAGCAUAGUAGGCAUGCUUUGUGAGGCAGUAAAUAUUGAAUUCUUUCAAAGUUGGCUUGCACCGUGCAAUAUGAUCUUUAAAUACCGAUGUGGAAAUAACUCCAGAAAUGGUGAGAGAAUGGUACCUUUGGAAACUCAGAAAGAUCGGCAGAACUGUAUUUUGAAUAUAGGAUUGCCUACAAUGGCCGCAUGUCAUGGCUGUAAUGUAAUGUUCUAAACUGAGGAUGCUACUUGAUUUGCCGCCGUCGAGCGAAAGUAAAGAGGCAGUUUGAACUA